CUUUCCUAUAAAUAUAAAGCUCCUCUUCUUCAUCUCCUCUUUGCUUUCCUUUGUUUUUUUUUUUUUUUGUCUUUCAAUUCAAUGCUCUUUCUCCGAUCUUAUCAUCAACUGCUUUACCUUUUUAUUAUGCACUGAAUAAUACUGUCAUUGUUCUGUUCAUUAUAAUUAUCUGCAGGAUGGCCGGAAAUCGGAGACUCCGGCGGUGGCGCAUCAAUUUUUUCUACAGAUCUUCAGCCAACUCCAAGGAUCCGCCCAAGGAAUUCGUCUGUCCGAUUUCAAACUCCUUGAUGUUCGAUCCUGCCGUCGUUUCAUCCGGCCAGACGUUUGAGCAACUCUGCGUCGAUGUUUGCAGAGAUUUAGGCUUCGCGCCUACGCUUCGUGACGGCUCCACGCCGGAUUUCUCGACGGCGAUACCGAAUCUCGCUUUGAAAAGUGCGAUUGAGAACUGGUGCUUGAAGUCAGGGCUGGAGUUCCCGAAGCCGCCGGUGUAUUCGGAUGUUGAAUCGAUUGUUCGAUCUCGCAGCGGCUCCGCAGCCUCGGGGAAGGAAGAGAAAUCGGAAAUUAGGUAUUUGGAGAGGGAAUUGUUGAACGGAGUUACGGAGAAGGCUCCGAUCUUGUUGUCGCACGCUGCGAGUGAAUUGAACCGUAGGAAUUUGUACGAAUCUUCGAGCGACGACGAAUCGGAGGAAUCGGUUAUCGCUAAUGCGACGCCGCUGUUGCCGUUCGCUACACGACCGUCGUGCUUUUCGCACUGUUCUUCUUCGCCUUCAGUGUCGUCGGAGUUCUUCUCCGACGAGGCGUCGUCGAAUUAUUUUUCUGCUUCGUCUUCAAUCUCUCCUUCGGAGGAUGAAGAUUUUGUGACGCAAAUGAACAGUUUGGAUGUGUAUGACCAAGAGCAGGCUGUGAUUCUUCUUAGGAAAACAACACGAACCGAAGAAGAUUCUAGAACGUCGCUUUGUACAGAGAGGCUUCUAAUGGCGCUGAAGAAGCUCUUGACGUCGCGAUACGCCGCCGUGCAGAGCAACGCGGCGGCGGCGAUCGUGAACAUAUCUCUCGAGAGGUGCAACAAAAUCAAAAUUGUGAGAGCAGGAAUCGUUCCGAUUCUAAUCGAGGUUUUGAAAAAUGGAUUCGAGGAAUCUCGCGAACACGCCGCCGGUGCGAUCUUCAGCUUAGCGAUUGAAGACGAGAACAAGACGGCGAUCGGAGUUCUCGGCGCGCUGCCGCCGUUGCUGCACCUGCUCAGAUCCGGAACGCGGCGGAGCCGCCGCGAUGCCGCCCUGGCGCUUUACCACUUGACGCUGGUACAGAGCAACCGUAAGAAAAUCAUAAAGCUCGGCGCCACCGCCGUUUUAGUGGCGUUGCUGGCGGACAGAGAGGCGGCGGAGGCGGUGGUGCUGGUGCUGUGCAACCUCGCCGCGUGCGGCGACGGCAGGGCGGCGCUGCUCGACGCCGACGCGGUGGAGCGCUUAAUGGCUGUUCUGAGAAACCGGUCCGAGUCGUACUCGGAGACGACUCGGGAGAAUUGUAUCGCGGCGCUACACUCACUGAGUCAUGCGAACUCGAGGUUUAAAGCAAUGGCGCGGAGCGCCGGCGGCGUGGAGGUGCUCCGGGCGGUGGCGGAGACAGGUAGCGAGCGGGCGAGGGAAAAGGCGCGGCGGAUUCUGGCGGGGCUGCGGCGGCGGCAGGCGGCGGAGACGGAGGAAGUCGAUUGGGAAGCCGUAAUGAAAGGCGGCGUGGCUCAGAUGAGAUUCCGAGCCGGAGCGAGUUGCGAACGUAACUCGACCGAGUUCUGAGUUCAUAUAAUUAAAAUUAAUUAGAAAAUACGGGUAACUAUUAGUUACAUCUCUAAUUAAUAAGAAAAUUACAUAAGCCUCCCCUAAGAAUCGUCAAAUUACUAAUUAAACCACAUUUAGGAGAUGGUUUUUAGUGGAAUCAUUUUAAUCGUAAGGGCCUUUUCGUAGACACACACCAUUACUCUAUUACUAUGGCCUACCUUUAUGGUACUAUUUUCUUAAUUAAUUAAUUAUUGGAUAAUAAUAAUAAUAAUAAUAAUAGCUUUGAGGGCCUAACAUCUUUUUGUCACCUUUUGACAAUUAUAUUAAAGUAUUUUAUCUUAUAUCAAUAUCUAGGCUGCGACUAAAGUGCAAAAACCAUACUAUAGUUUCAAUACUAUACCUAUCUUACGAUCACAAAUUCAAUCCUACACCGCCAGCCCAUCAGGGAUUAGAACCAUCCCUUAUAUUUAAUUAAGAUUAAGAUAGAUAGUGGCCAGUCAUGACUCAUGAUUUUCCUUCAAUGGUAAGUAGAAAUGCAAUUAGAGUUGUAGAGCUCUUAUACAAUAAUCAUUGUAUAAAAAAUGUUAGUAUUAAUUUACAUUACACCAAUAGGAAGGGAACACAAUGGCUAU